GCGUUAAGUUCACAUGUUGGAUAGCAAAGAAAGGGUGAACGUCGACGCUUGAUUACAGUAUAUAGGAAAUAACUAACGAUGUAGUAUAUUUUUCAUUAACUUUGAACCGUUUUUUGGUAGUAAAAUGUCAACUCCAGCUAUUCGAAUGUUUAGGAGGUUAGAGGGCCUGUUUUGUGUUUACAAGCCCGCCGGUGUACCCUGGAAGAUGGUUCGGGACACCAUCGAGACUAAUCUUCUUAAAGGUGUAAACGCAAAAUCUCAACCAGUUCCUCACGAAGUUCGCUUCUUGACGAGCUCUAGCUGUGAAAAUGAAGCAUCCAAAGGACUUACAGUGUCUGUAGUAUCAUUGCCUGCUUUGUCUGCGCAUCCUCUAGUAACCGGACCUGAAUUUCAUCAUAUUCGAGUUGGAGCAGGUCAUCGCCUGGAUGUUUCGUCCUCUGGUGUUUUUGUUCUUGGUGUUGGGAAUGGAAACAGGGUCCUGAAUGACCUCUACAACACACGAACCACAAGGGAUUAUACAUUGGAAUGUGAAUUUGGGACGGCGACACAUGACUUCUCUCACACGGGUCGAGUUGUGGAAAGGUCCACUUAUGAUCACAUCACACAGGACAAACUUGAGCGAGUGACUGCAAUGCUGGAGGGAGCCAAUCAGAAGGCUAUGAGACUGUAUUCUAACGUAGACAUGAGCUCCCAGGAGGCAUAUGAGAUGGCUGUGCAAGGUUUACUGGGUCCAGAUGGGAAAUCGGCUCCUAUUUUAACAGGCUUACGUUGCAUUUACUUCCACCCUCCCAGAUUCACUUUAGAGGUGCAGUGCCUUAACGAAACUCAGAAAUAUUUACGUAAAAUUGUGCACGAGAUAGGACUUGAACUGCGCAGCACGGCUGUGUGUAAAGGAGUGAGACGGACCCGAGACGGACAUUUCACCCUGCAGGACGCACUCACCCGUCAACACUGGACUGCUGCCGAUGUCAUGCAGGCCAUCUAUAACUACCACUCCUCCAAGAAAAAGAGAAAACAUCUCCAUUUGCUGAUGGAGAAACCAUCGAUAGAAACAUCUGGAGAAAAACUGACAGCUACUGAGUGAAGUAAAACAGCACUGACACAUGCAUGUCUACAACCCCUGGCAAAAAUUAUGGAAUCACCACACUUAAAGGAUUGUCUUUUAGUUGUUUGAUUUUGUAUUAAAAUAAAAUA